ACAUCAAAAUAACUGUAACAAGAAUUAAACAAAAUGGCAACUGCAAGAUUUCCCAGAUCGUUGCUGGGCAGAAAUUUGUGGGUGAAUGCUACCCGCAGAUAUUCACAAUCCCAAAAGGAUAAAGAGAUAAUAGACGCCUGCAAUAAAGCCAAAGAAGCGGCGGAUGCAUUAAAAGAAGGUGCAAAGGCAGUGAAAAAUACAAGUAAAUAUGUCAAAGAGACGGCUGCUGCAACCGCUGGAAGUGUGAACAAAAUGACAGAAGAAGUCACAAAUAAAGUAAAGGGUUUAGUCUCAGAUGCGACCAAGGCAACCGCUGAAGCCAUCAAGGACAAAAUUAUGGACAAGAAGUAAUAUGUUGUAUAAUUUGUUCAUCCUCAAGAUCAACAUCUCCUUUUGUUAUUAUGCAAUAAAUAUUUAAUUCACCUUCCAUUUCAUGAUGUCUUAAGCUAAGUUUUGAAUUACAUGAUGACUUAAAAUGAUAUAAAAGAGUAAAGAUCACCAUUUUUAUCU